AUGCUUGAAUGCAAACCUGCUGAUACACUGAUCGAGAUGAAUCACAAGUUAUGUGAAGACAUGGAUCAAGAACCAACUAAUAAGGAACAGUACCAACGCCUUUUUGGAAGGUUGGUAUAUUUAGCCCACACAAGAUCAGAUAUUGCAUAUGCUAUGAGUGUAGUUAGUCAGUUUAUGCAUUCACCCAGUGUGUCCCAUAAGAAUGCAGUUGAUCAGAUCUUAAGAUACUUAAAGUUAGCACUUGGAAAAGGAUUAAUAUUCUCAAAAAAUAGAGAUCUCGAAGUUGUUGGAUGUACAGAUGUUGAUUGGGCUGGCUCUGUUACUGAUAGACGCUCUACUUCAAGUUACUUCACUUUUGUGGGAGGUAACCUAGUCACUUGGCGGAGUAAGAAACAAAAUGUGGUUUCUCGGUCUAAUGCUGAAGCAUAG